CUUUAUAUACUUCAACGGAAAGAAAAUUAUUGAGGAAGAAAAAACAGUAUCUUACAACAAACAAUGGCUCUUUCACGUAGUUUCUUUUUUCUCUUAUCUCUUACACUCAUUUCCACUCAAAUAACAACCACAAAUGGAGUUUUGUCACAACAAUCCAACAUCAUAUUACCCUCAGAACAACCAAGAACAGAAAAACUAACACAUAUCCAUUUCUUCUACCAUGACAUUAGAGACAACAAAAAUCCCACCAUAGUACAAAUCAUUGACACACCAAAAAAUGUACCUAAUGGAUUUGGUUCAACUUUUAUGAUGGAUGAUGCAAUGACUGAAGGGCCAGAGUUAAGUUCAAACCAUAUUGGAAGAGCUCAAGGGUUGUUUGGUCUUUCUUCACUUCAAGAUCUUGGAAUGUUUAUGUUGACAAAUUUUGUUUUUAAGGAAGGGGAAUAUGGUGGAAGUAGUCUUAGUAUGUUGGGAAGGAAUCCUAUUUCUGAACAAAAUAGAGAAAUGCCUAUUGUUGGUGGAACUGGUUUUUUUAGAUUUGCUAGAGGGUUUGCUAUUGCAAAUAGUGUUGAUUCCAUUUCUACCCCUGAACAUUUUGUUGUUGAGUAUAAUAUUACUGUUUCUCAUCCCUAAAAUUUCCUUUUGAAAAUGGGUUUAGGUUUUUAGUGCUAUUUUUGGCAUCUACAAGAGAGUUAGAGAUAGAUAUGUACUUUGGUAGAUUUGGUGUCAAUAAUUUGCUUCAGCAACUUUGGUUGUUUUGAAGAAAAAAAAAUCAAUUUUAAUUAAUAUAUUUUGCAUUGAUAUUAA